CUUCCUGCUUUUACUGCCUUCACUGCCUCUCUCUCUCUUUCUCUCUCUCUCACUUUGGGAUCGAUCGUUUCUGUAGAGCUCUUUUUGCAGUUGUUGUAGAGGACUUGUCUUCUGAAUCCUCCCGCUUGUGUGUGGAUUCGCAUCUCUACACUUGGUUUUGUUUUAUUUUUUGUUCCAGGUCUUUUCACUUUGCGUGGUUGUCCUAAUUUUUUACGAAGGUCUACUAAGAAAGAAGGUUCUGUAAAUCGGAUGGAUCAUGACUCAUGAGACCAUCGAUGAGACCUGAGAGCGCGUAGUGCUUAAAACAGAUCCGGGGAAGCCGUGGAUGAAUUCCUCUACUCGUGGGAAUCGACGGGAACUUCAGAUGAAACUCCUCAAGUUUUGAACUGUUGAACUGUAAAUUUUGCACUUUUCUCAACGAGUGGUAAAGUCACGAACAAGAGGAAUGAUGUGCGAGUGCGUCAUUCUGCCUGAGCAAUGACAUUCAAUAGAUUGUUGCAUAUUCGAAACUCCUGGUUGUGAAUAGAAAAUUCCAAUCCUAGCUUUGAAUUACUCUCAAACUACCUUGACUUUUGUCACAGAAGAUUACUCUUGGUAGAUUUGUCAACCACUUCUGGUGUUCACGAGUGAUGCUUAUUAGGAAGCAAGUCAACGGAAAUGGAGUUUACGGAACAAUUGUGCGAAGCCCUUGGCUUAUUCGUGGAUUGUGGCGUUGUAUUGAUUGCUCUCCUGUUGAAACUCUUCUACCGGUUGUGUGUUGCAUACUUGGAUAAAAAUUUCUGCACACGUGAUUAGUGCUGUAGUAGCCUCCAACAGGUGAUGGUGCCAAUCUUAAAUACCGCGUCUUCCAGCAGAUGGAAUUUGUGGAGGCACGAAAGUGGUACUACAACAAAAUCAUCCUGGAGAAGAUUAUCUGAAUGAGGUUGUAAGUCAUUCUGUAUCCUGUGCAUUAUUGGUUGCGAAGGGGUUCAUGGAUAAGGUUCUAGUGCCAUUUAUAACCCUGACCGCACAAGUGUUCGUGUCUGGAUAUGUUACCAGGCAGAAGUAAUUGGUAUGAGCUCGGAAAAGAAGGGGUGAAAUGGUUUCAAUUACGGGUGAUAAUUUGGAAUGUGUAAGUUAACAGCCCGUCAGAGUAUGGGAAUGUGAGCAGAGCAGUCCAGCAAAAGUCAGUGGUAAGUAACUAGAUUCAGGCCGACUGAAACCUUUGAAGCGAGAACACAGGGAGCGCUUCGCCACACCACUUGAGCGCACUUGUUUGCCAUGUCUGUAUUUGAUAGGUCACUCUCAAUGGCGCUUACGCUCCUUUGCCACUUUCGGGCUUCUAGAAGGGUUCCAAGUGAUUGUUGGCGAAAUUGGAAAGAACAAGGUCCUUGUCGAUCGUUUACAUCGGGCAAUCAGUCCAUUGAUGUGAUUGGACGUGCGUCACCUUCGCAGUAAUCUGUCAAGGGUUCUCGCAGUUGAAUUUGAAAUGUCGAAUGUUAUUUCAUGUGGAAGAUGUUUUCGGUUUUGGGAGUCAGUAUUUUCGAGGGUCUUUUGGGUCGCCGAUGAUUCCGCAAGUAUCUAAUUGGGUACGAACUUUACAAAUAAAAAUCCAUGUAUAGUGGUGUCUGCAGAGAAUCUGCUUGUAACGCCAUCCAUAGUUUGGUGGUGAAAUACUCUGAAAGAUGCCCACAUGUUGACAUAUUUGAUGUAACAUAGAAUACAGUUCCAAGGCCGGCAAUGUUCUCUAACUCGAGGAUAGAUACGUUCAAGAAUUUAUGUUUUUUUGGUGCAUUGGAACGGAUUAGGGAAUGUGAGUAUUGCUGUCAUCACUUCGUUUCCACCGCCCAGAGAUUCUGGCAGUCACGGCUAUGGGCGCUUCUUGAGGUGUUUUUGAAUCUCGUGCGGCAUUUCCUCCCAGCAUUGGAAUUGGAAACUGCCAUGCUGUGGAGAAGUACAGUCAUGGAUUGCCAUAUCUGCUGACACUUCCUCCAAGUCGAUGCCAGAUAAAUCUUCUGUAAUGGAAAGUUCUGCAAAUUCCGCUAUCUUAGAUCUAGCAAUUCAAUUUUAGUUGCAUAUACCAGCCCAUGUAAGUACAUCGGCGCCCUUGAUUAUGAGGCAACUUUUGGCUAGUAUGGGUUUGAUUCAGUGCCCAGGGUAACGUGCUCUAGCUUUUUUAUGUUAAUUCUUUCCGGGUUUGCGAGUUCGAACUCCAGGCUGUGUUGGGGAUUUGAAAUGACAACACUUCGAUAGAGUGAAAGAUACUUCCUCUUACGAAUACUAUUCGGGGAAUGAAAGUGCAAAUUCAUAUGAAUGCACGGGGAGCGUGAUCUUAAUUCUUCAUGCAUUAAAAGAUGGUCAACACAGAUUAAUGAGGAUUUUCGACCCGCAGCAACCUCGUGUGCAGAGAAUGUCUUUAAUCGUAUAAUGAAACUUGAAUAGACAAUGAAGCCCAUAGAAUUACUUGCCAGGAUCAUGGACGCAAGGCUUCUGAGUAUGAAGAGAAAAACUAAAAUUUGUUGAAAUCCUAGUGAGUUGGAUAAAGAAAAGUACAAUAUCUCCACACUAUGAUGGGGGUGGGUUCGGAAGCUCGAGGCGACGAACAGUUUAGCUUAAGCGAAGUCUUGAAGGACAGGCUGUACUUUGCGCCUUUGCAGAGUGUGGAGGAUACAUCAGCUGUGGUGAAGUGCCUCCCUAAGCGCACUAUCAGCUUCAAUAUCGAUUCGGAACUUGUGUAUGAACCAUUUUUCGCUGAUUUUGGACCUCUGAAUCUUGCGUGCACUUACCGGUUUUGCUGGAAACUUAAUCAUCUCCUUAAGGAAGCAGAUGAGCAGCACCAGUGUGUACUAUUCUGUUGUCACGUAGACCCUAAGAAGAAGUCGAACGCCGCCGUGUUGCUUGGAGCGUACUUGGUGCUUUUUUGCGGUGCAGAAUCGGAUGCAGCAUAUUCAACGCUCUCUAUGUUCGAACCUUUCUUGGCGUUCCGGGAUCCUACUUGUGGCAUCUCAACGUACCGUCUCACAGUGCUUGACUGCAUUCGGGCUGUAUUGAAGGCCAACCAGGUUGGUUGGAUUGACGUCAACAAUUUCAACCUGGAGGAGUAUGAGUACUUCGAACAGGUUGAAAACGGAGACCUUAAUUGGAUUGUUCCUAACAAGCUCAUGGCAUUCAGUGGGCCGUCUGCCAAUCGCUUGGAGAUUUAUGGAUACAGGACAUUAGUGCCGGAGGAUUAUAUCGAGUACUUUCAUCGGGUAGGGAUUACAGGCGUAGUAAGGCUCAAUCGAAAAGCGUAUGAUAGAAGGCGUUUUACUGAACACGGACUAUCCCAUCACGAUUUAUACUUUCCAGAUGGCAGCUGUCCUCCUGAUAGAAUUUUGCGGAGAUUCUUGGAGAUAGUAGAGGAGACAUCUGGAGCUUUAGCCGUACAUUGUAAAGCAGGAUUAGGGCGAACGGGCGCUCUCAUGGGUUGUUACAUCAUGAAGCAUUUCCGGUUUACAUGUAAUGAGACGUUGGGUUAUCUGCGCAUCGUGCGUCCUGGCAGUGUGAUUGGUCCUCAACAACAUUACUUGAAGGAGAUGCAGUAUCGCAUGUGGAAAGCUGGUAAUAUGAUGAGGCAUCAGAUAGCACAAACAAAUGCAAAUAGCCAGACUACUCAUAAUCUUCGAGGCACGGAACAAGGGCCGGCACCAAACUCUUGUGGUAGUUGUGGGACCCAGCCGAACUAUAAAUUUGUGAGCUCAAAACAAUUAUCGGUCAACCCAAGUUUCAGACGAGGAAUAUUGCGUAAUCGGGAUCGCGCUGCCGAAAGGUCUCCACCACCACGCUCGACAUUGGAUGUGACAGCGUCUCCACAACGAGUGAGGCGGAAAGCGGUCGGCACCAGCAGAGCAGGAGUUUAUAAAGGGGCCUUGCAGGACGAAGCAUCUUGGAGCAUUCGACAGCAACACGUAGGGGUGUCACCCACGGCUCCUAGUUAUACCCAAAACACGAGGUUUAGCAACAUUGUCAAUGGUAUGGGAAGACUCUCUGUGAACGACCCGGAGUCUUCUUCAUCAAGUGCCAAAAAUGUCUCCCGUGUUCCCUCUCAAAGAAGUAAAAGCACGAUAAAUUCAAGCCUUUCAUCAACAAACCCUCAAAAUACUGGACAUGGAGACCACAUUGGCAUUCUGAGGAACGCUUCAGGUCAUCAACUGGAGCCUCAAUCCCACGGAGGUUCAGUGGUUGUUCAACGGGUAAUAAACUCUGCUGGACAGCCAAGGAAAGUGUUGUUGCCGGUUGUAGAAAAAGAGGGACUACUCCCGCAGUUAAGGUCGAGGUUUCGUGACUUUUCUCCUGCACGGAGGUAUGGAACACCGGGACCUUGUGUCAUGGGUUCGGCCUCCUCCAAGUGGGACCCUGCACAAAGCCCAUACACUUGAGUUGUAGAAUAUGAAUAAAAGUUUUCUUUCUUUGUAGACAUAAGCAGUUGAAUGAAUCUUCUGCUGUUGGUCAUGUCUCCCUCCAACCCCUAAGUUAUGGAUCAGUAAAGUCAUAAAUUUCCUAAUUAGCACCCUGAAGUGGCAUUUAGCUGAGGUAGCUUGGCUUCAAAGCCUGACCAGUAGUUGGGCAUAAUCUAGGUUUGGCUAGGUUUAGACUCUGGACUUCAUUUGUCCAGAAGAGACCCAAUGCAAACUAAUGUGACGCCCUACAGAAAUAGUCGUCCAAUACAAACUUGCCUCAUCAUUGUGUUCCUAUGUUUUUAUUUGCAAUGGUUACUUGGAUAA